UUUGUGUGUGUGCAUUCACACGCACACACAUACAAACCAUAUUGCAUAUUUGAAUGAGUAUCUUGUAUUUAAGAUCAAAUAUUUAUAAAAACUAAUCCAAUUUUUAGAGAGUGGUGACUUUCUGAAAUAACUGUUAACUACAGUACUGUUGUCAAUCAUAUUGCCGUAGUAUUCCUGCUAGCUAUCACCUCAGGUAUAUAAAUAACCAUAGAACAGAUUACCUGGGAUUGAUUUAGUAUCUCUAGGGAGAACACAGAUCAGACUCUUGGGUUUUCUGGAAUAUCUCAAUUACAUUAGAAUUUGCAAACCUGCAGAUUUUUGAGAAUCAGUUUCAUUAAAAAUUAUGCUUUUUCCCCUAAGUGAAUGUAUACAUUAUUUGCACUGGUUGUUGGGAGGAGCAUCUAUUGUUAAAACUGAGUCAAAUACUUCUGGCAAUUUAUCACUGUCACAUAGAUACUUACCAGUACAUUCUGCCCAUAUCUGAACAAGACAUAACGAUGACGUAAGUUAAUAAAAUAGACCGUCUUUCAUUUUGUCAUUACUAUACAUUGUCUUGACUACAUAGGGGCGCUUCAAAGGUCAGACAACCAAUCUCAUAGUGUCUAAUAUUAGUAAAAGUAGUUUAGGCUGCUUUUAGUUUGAAGUGAAGUGGUUGAUUUAUCAGCCUUGAAAACAGCUGAAAAUAACUCUCUGAUUAAAAUAAAUCUGGGAAUGUGAAAUACAUCGUUGAGUGUACUCCCAGAUUCAUUUACAGUUGAUUGAAGGACCAAGAUCAGGGGAUUUCUAAAACUUACUCCAUGAUCUCAGUUUGACUUGUUUUUCUCAUGGAGCACUCCAAAUUGCUUCUGAGAUGGAAUGCAUUUCUAAAGCACAUUAGAAGAUAGCAUAGUUGCAGGACUGGCAAAUCAAAAUUCCACUGAGUGUGCAUAUCUCUUGUAGGAACUGAAGCAUCUCUUUCCUUCUUAGUCAUGAUAAUGAUAUUAUAAAGCUUUUGAAUUUAUACGACUGUGAAAAAAUAUAUGCUAUAAAUGCAGUAUGUUUUAGCUUGUAGAUUUUCUGCCCCAUACAAAAGUUUUUAAAAGAUAUAGCUCUUUCAGCUAAUCUUAGUAUGUUGAUUAGUCAAGUGGGUGUAGACAUCUUAUUGUUGUACCUACUGGUUUAUUUUUUGUUUUUCUUAAAAUUUGUCACAUUGCUCAUUGUCUCCUCUAAAUCAUACUCUUAAGUAAUCCGCUGUCUUGUGAGUUGUAUGCCCUGCACCGGCUUCAGAAACGGGUAUCACAUGAUUUUCCAUUACUUCCAUUGAGUCCUUUCUCCCCCCCUCUUGUUUUUUUCCCCCUAUCCUGCCUUGCAGCUGAAUGAACUUCAACACCUUUCCUUUUGAGUACUCCUACCUUUGCAAAGUUAUUUGCUAAUCCUAUUAUUUUCCUUCUUGCUACAAACAUUGCCUUCUACCUGCUUUCUUUCCACCACCAAACAGUCCUCCCUUUCUUUGAAAUUUUUAACUCUGCAUAUUAGUGGGAGAAGAUAAUGGCAUUUAGAUUUAUCUAAAUAGCAUAUAGGUUUAUUUAAACAAAGUACAGAUUUCUUUAGGAAGAAGAAGAAAAAAGCAGUGGUCUCUGACCAGAGAAUGAUCUACUCUUGCCUCCAGAAAAAAAAGAGAAGGGAAUUAGCUAAAGAGCAAUGCCAAGUGAUGCUCAUUUGAUUGCAUUUCAACAAGUCUCUCAGCAAGAUUCAGAAAUUUAUUUGACUACAUGUCAGCAAGCCUCUGAUUAGCAACAGAAGUGUUACUCGGGGAAAUACUUUUUGAAUAAGAGUAAUUCCAAGGGGUCGACUGGAAUGUAUUUGUUGCAACAUUUGAAAUUAAAGGCAUCUCCAGAGAAAAGACAAAUGCAAUGCAUUCAUGAGAAAAAGAAAAAUAAUCCAAUGUCAAAGAAAGAGAAUUGAAUGGAAAUAUAAGAAUUGUAGGAAAGGGAAGGAGUCAAAAGAGAAAGGGGGAAAUUAGUGACUGACUUUGUGAAAGAGAAGCAUGAUAAGACAGAUAAAGGUCUUAUGGCUGAAUCAAGGAGGAUUCAGAUAUAAAAGGUGGGGCUAGCCUGCAGAGUGUAAGGGAUUGGCCUUCAGAAGCAGUGAGCUCUCCGAUGCAUAUGUAAGAAAUAGGGAUUUACUGUUAAUUGCAGACAAGGACAGAUAUUGGUAACAUUCCUGUGUUUCCCAAUACACAUAUCAGACUUCCCUCUGUUACCUACAUUCAUUGUUUAGUUCCUGCUCCAAGAUUUUUGCCAAAGUUGACUUUAGGUGAAAGAUCUCAUGUAGACAGAGUGAAAAUUUGGAUUAAAUACACUAUUAUGGGGAAACUGGAAGCUAUGCUACCGCCUAUUCAAUCUGAAAUAUGCAUUGCAUUCAACUGUCUACAAUCAGAUAAUUUAAAGAAUAAUUAUGUUACAGUACCAAAUGUACUUUAAUAGGAAAAAAUUGCAUUGUGAGAAAUUCAUACCUAAUUAAUUUCUCACAAUAAGUUAAUGCAAAUAAAAAUAUAAUGAAUUCUUUUUGACAGCAUAAUUUUAAUUAGAAAGAAAUGUAAAAGAUGAUUUAGCUAGUGGAGUUCAGGCAGAUUUAAAGUCUACAGAUGGCAGUGUCAUUGAAAGGAAAUAGGUAGGCUAAAAAUGCAAGACUGAAAUCUAGAAGAAGGCAUAGAAGGAGGCAAGGGUUAUCCACAAACGCCAUUACUUGUCUUAGUGGUUCGUGGAUCCAGAAGGUAGUAGUAGCAGUCACAGAAAAUACAAGUGACUCAUCUAAGCCUCUCUGAGCAAUUUCCCCCAGCUUUCAAGCUGGAUAAGCUCCAAGAAAAAAAACCCUUCCAUUAACAUAUUAAUAUAAAAGCAUAGUGAAGAUUGGUAACCUCUUCAUUUUAAGUCAGUUUUUUACUUCUCCAAAUCCAUCUAAAUUUAGGUAAAAGAUUGAUGAAUGAGAUUUUUAGCUGACAACAGCCUCUGUUUUGUCAAAAAUGAGACUGCUGUUUAUAUCUUGUCUUGCAUUGAAGGAGAAAAUUGAUUCAGGAGCUCGAAAACACUUUUAUUAAUUAUUGUAUUGAUACUUCUUAACAAACCCAAAGCUAAAGAUGAAAUACUCAAGACUAUAAAGACUUUAACCUAAAUAACAAAUUAUCUGAAACAAUUUAUAAUAGACAACAGGCAAUUUAAUUAUUUCCAUGCUUAGAUUACAUCCUUCUGAAAGCCAGAAGCAGAUGCAAGUCAGAAAAUGGUCUGAAAUUAACAAUACCUUUGUUUAACACCACAGAUUUUGACAUUAACAAUGUAUCUGAUACAUUUAGGGGCAGAAAUAGAUUCUGUGGUUUCAACCAAAGAUUUAAUAUGGCACUUCACAUUCUAUCUGUAGUCUAGUUUUUGGUCAUAAUGUCUCGAAAGCAAUAGUCCAAUAGAGAAGCAGCCACUCCCACCCAAUCAUCUGAGUGUUUUAGAAUGUCCUACUGGCAAUGGGUUGCUCCACUACAUCAUCUAGAGUUCAUUUUUGAAAGUGCAGAAGAGCAAUCAAUACCCAUCCACAAAACGUAGCUGCAAAAAUAGUGAAUUUCUGUAACUGAGUGAAAUAAUGUUUUCAGCUCUCAGUUAUUCUGUCUGUUCUCUACUCUGUUCCACAUUUAUGUUUGGCUUAAUUUUGAGCUCUUUUAUGGCAAGGCAAUGUAACUAAACUGAGAAGGGAGAGAGGAGUCAAUGGAAAUAACGGAAAAUCAUGUGAUUGCUGCCUCUAAAGCUGGCACAAGAAAUACAGCCCACUAGAGUGGAUUGCUACUCUUCCGCUCCAAAAAUGAAUAUUCACAGUCCCCAGGUGCAUCCAAUUUUUCAACUUUACCAAAGAUCUCUCCAUCUCUAUCAAAUAAUUAUAACAACAUCAACAACAGAAAUGUGAAAAACUCAAACUACUGUCUCCCCUCUUACACUGCUUAUAAGAAUUAUGACUACUCUGAGCCAGGAAGGCACAACGAACAGCCUGGCCUUUGUGGCCUAAGUAACUUGGGGAAUACAUGUUUUAUGAAUUCAGCAAUCCAGUGUCUGAGCAACACCCCUCCACUCACAGAAUACUUCCUGAAUGAUAAAUAUCAAGAGGAGCUGAAUUUUGACAAUCCAUUAGGAAUGAGGGGUGAAAUUGCCAAAUCUUAUGCAGAGCUCAUCAAGCAAAUGUGGUCAGGAAAAUACAGUUAUGUCACUCCACGGGCAUUUAAAACCCAGGUUGGAAGAUUUGCUCCACAAUUCUCGGGUUAUCAGCAACAAGAUUGCCAAGAACUACUCGCUUUUCUUUUAGAUGGCCUACACGAGGAUUUGAAUCGAAUUAGGAAAAAGCCUUAUAUUCAGCUAAAAGAUGCAGAUGGAAGGCCAGACAAGGUGGUUGCUGAAGAAGCUUGGGAGAACCAUUUAAAGCGAAAUGAUUCCAUCAUUGUAGAUAUAUUUCAUGGACUUUUUAAAUCAACCCUAGUUUGUCCAGAAUGUGCCAAGAUCUCUGUAACAUUUGAUCCCUUUUGCUACUUAACUCUUCCACUACCCAUGAAAAAAGAACGCAGUUUGGAAGUUUAUUUAGUUAGAAUGGACCCGCUUGCCAAACCUAUGCAGUACAAAGUAGUAGUUCCAAAAAUUGGAAAUAUACAAGACCUCUGCACAGCAUUGUCAACUUUGUCUGGUGUUGCUGCAGAUAAGAUGAUAGUUACAGAUAUAUACAAUCAUAGGUUCCAUAGGAUAUUUGCAAUGGAUGAAAAUCUGAGUAGUAUUAUGGAGCGUGAUGACAUCUAUGUAUUUGAAAUUGGCAUCAACAGAACUGAAGAUACAGAGCAAGUUGUAAUUCCAGUUUGUUUAAGGGAGAAGUUUCGGCAUAGUGGUUAUAGCCAUCAUAGCGGUUCCACACAUUUUGGCCAACCUUUCCUUAUAGCAGUGCCUAGAAACAAUACAGAAGAUAAGCUGUAUAAUCUUUUACUCUUAAGAAUGUGCCGAUACGUGAAAACCUCUUCUGAAACAGAAGACACUGAAGCAUCCUUGCAGUGCUGCAAAGAUAACGGUAUCAAUGGCAAUGGCCCAAAUGGAAUUCAUGAAGAAGGAUCCCCAAGUGAAAUGGAAACAGAUGAGCAAGAUGAUGAAUCCAGCCAGGAUCAGGAACUUCCUUCUGAAAAUGAAAACAGCCAGUCGGAAGAUUCUGUUGGUGGAGAUAAUGAUUCUGAGAAUGGGUUAUGCACAGAAGACUCCUGUAAAGAUCAACUUAUAGGGCACAAAAAACGAUUGUUCACAUUCCAGUUUAACAGUUUAGGCAAUACUGAUAUCAAUUAUGUCAAAGAUGAUACAAGGCAUAUACGAUUUGAUGACAGGCAACUUAGGCUAGAUGAAAGAUCUUUCUUGGCUUUGGAUUGGGAUCCUGAAUAUAAGAAAAGAUUCUUUGAUGAAAAUGCUGCUGAGGAUUUUGAAAAGCAUGAAAGCGUGGAAUAUAGACCUCCAAAAAAACCCUUUGUGAAAUUAAAAGAUUGCAUUGAAUUGUUCACAACAAAAGAAAAAUUAGGUGCUGAAGAUCCAUGGUACUGUCCAAACUGUAAAGAACAUCAGCAAGCUACCAAAAAGCUAGAUUUGUGGUCACUGCCGCCAGUAUUAGUAGUUCAUCUAAAACGUUUUUCUUACAGCAGAUAUAUGAGAGAUAAGUUGGAUACUUUGGUUGAGUUCCCAAUAACAGAUUUGGACAUGUCAGAGUUCCUUAUUAAUCCAAAUGCUGGGCCUUGCCGCUAUAACUUGAUUGCUGUGUCAAACCACUAUGGAGGCAUGGGAGGAGGGCAUUAUACUGCUUUUGCAAAAAACAAAGAUGAUGGAAAGUGGUAUUACUUUGAUGAUAGUAGUGUGUCUACUGCCUCUGAGGAACAGAUUGUGUCCAAAGCAGCCUAUGUGCUUUUCUACCAGAGGCAGGACACAAUCAGUGGGACUGGCUUUUUCCCUCUUGAUCGGGACACAAAACUAGGUGCUUCUGCUGCCACUGGCAUCCCAUUAGAAAGUGAUGAAGACAGUAAUGAAAAUGACAAUGAUAUAGAGAAUGAAAAUUGUAUGCACACUAACUAAUGGAAGAUCUAGAAGCCAUACAGAGAAUUAACUUCCUUGUGGGAGAUAACUAUUGAAACAUUGAAAUUACCCACCAAAUUAAAAAUAAAAUCUGAGAUGGGAAAUUUCAGAUGACAGAAUGUAAAUCCUUAUUCAAUUUUAACUUGUGCAGUACUUGAAGUGAAACACAAUGAAAACAUUAACCGAAUUUGUCUCUAAUAACUACAAUCUUGUAUUCACAAGCUAUAUAUAGGAUAUCACAAAUAAACCCCUUUACAGUUUCUGCUGCAGUUUGAAUGAAUUAUGGUUUCUUUGUUUUGGAUGCAAUGCCAACAAUUUGUAGAUUUGGUUUUUGUCUUAAUACCACAAGAAUAUUACUGCAGAGCCUGUAUCUUAGGGUGGGUAAAGUCCAUAUACCUAAAAAAAACUUUGUCCAGUAUAUGUGAUUAAUAAAUGCAGCAGUAUUCUUGGAACACCAAAUUUUCAAGUUUCUCCCUGAAAUAAAUCUUGAUUAAAAAGAAACAUAAUCAUGAUAGAAAAUAACUUGGAAAAGGUGUUUUAACCUUUUGUGAUAUAAGUAAUCUUCCAGAAUAUUAUGUUCAUCUUACUUCUGCUGUGGAACAGGUUCUGGAUUUCAUGCUGCAUUAAGGAAUUGAAUUUUUCAAUUCAGUGUAAGUAUCCCUCAUUGCUUGUUGGAUCUACUUUGUAAACAUAAUUCCUGUUACCUUGCUUAUAAGAUGUGCGUAACUUUAAUCUGGUGUCAGUCCAAAAAUUUUAAUUGUGCUGUAAAUCCCCUCCCCCCAUUUUUGGUAGUUUGACAGUUUACAAACUACAAACAGUGUAAUAGGGUCCGAUUUUUAAUAGUAUACUGUAUUCAUAGUAACGACUGUGCAUCAAGCUUAGAUGACUUUUCCAUAUAACUUGCCUUCAAAUUGUUAAUGGGCAACUGGUUUAAAGGUAGGUCUGUUAAUUUUUCAUGUGCGUUUUUGGUGGAAUUCACCAUAGCCUUACAUCUUAACUCAAAAGGUAACUUAUUAUAGAAGAAUUGGCAUUUGCAUGUUCAAGAGUCAGAACCUGUACAGUAAGUAGAUAAAGCAUACAUACCUUGAAUUGGAUUUUAAUUAAAUGUGUUCAAGGAGUCCGGGAUGCCAAAAAUAAGUGUGUCAGUUUGAAACAUUUUUAUUUGCUGCUUUCCCUUUGAUAGUUGGAAGAAUGUAUUGUUGGUUCAUAUACAAUACUGCCUUUGACAGGAGCUCCCUAAAUGUGGAGGCACACUUCACAUAUCUACUACCUGAAGUCCCACCAUUGUUAAAGCAAAAAGUAUGAUCUUCACUUGAACUAAUCAAAUACAAUAGGUUAUAAAUUGUGUAUUGUAAAUAAAGUUCACUCUGUGAGUGCACAUUUUGGUAAAUUAUUUAUUUAUGUUAGCAUUUAAAAGUUUAAAACUGCAUUUGACCAGGAAAAAAAUUAGGUUUGUGGACAUGGCUUUGCUUUAUACUUUGAUAUUAAAAACUGGUGUUUCAUCCUGGUAUUUUCAAGCUGCUUUCUGUUUUUUUAAAUGUAAGCUAGCCUCCUGCAUGACAGAGGUUAAAAAUUGUCUGCACUUGAGUUCACUUGGGUUUACAUUUGAAACGCGCAUGUUUUAUUUAUAAAAAUUUCAAUAAAGCUAUUCAAGGCCUUA